UUGAUUUUUUAAAAUUAAAUGUUCGAAAAUUAUUUGCGUCAAAUUCGAGCUAUUCAAUAUUUUUAUGUUUUUUUUUCUUGAAAAUAAAUUAGAUUUGUUUGAUUUUAUGCGUUAAGAAACAUUUAAAAUGCUUGUCGCUUUAUCGAAAAUUAUUCCGAAAGUUUUCAACAAGAAAAGAGCGGACCCAAAAUCCGGCAGCUGUCCGGUGGAGGAUGUGCUGAACCACACUUGCAGGGUCAUCAUGCUUGACAAUUCAGAUCUGUUUUUGAAUUUCAAGCUGACUGAGAAAGCGGAAAAUUUAAUGAACAUUAUUUGUGGCAAGAUAGAUCUUGUUGAGAGGGAAUAUUUUGGAUUGAGGUACUCGGAUUCGGUCUGCAAUCUGAGGUGGCUAAAUCUUUCCAAAUCACUAAACUCGCAAUUACCUGGUCCUGGACCCCACAGCAUAUUCUUCUGCGUGAGAUUCUAUGCAGUCGAUCCAUGCAAAUUGGUAACACCUGAGGCCAAAUAUCAAUUCUACCUUCAAAUAAAGCGCGACAUUUUGCAUGGAGGCAUUCAUUUAACAAGAGAUCUGGCGAUUCAAUUGUCUGCCUAUGCGAUACAAGCUGAGUAUGGCGACAAUCAAAGUGAAGUACUAGAUGAUGAUGAAUUCAUGGACUUCCUGUUUAUAAGAGAAGACUCGGAAGAGUACAGGAAGGAGGUCCAAGAGUGGCAGAAAAAUGUUUCGGGUAGAUCUCCGACUAAAUGCGAAUUUCAAUUCCUUGACAAAGUGAAGUGGGUUGAAUCAUACGGCCUUCAAAUGUACCCCGUCAAAAGCCAGGAUGACUUGGACUACACCAUUGGCAUUGCUCCAGUUGGUUUGUACCUCUUCAAAAAAGAAAUCAAGAUGGCAGUCUACUGCUGGCCCAGGCUGACAAAGAUCUCCUACAAGAACAAGACUGUGGCCUUCAAAGUGCGGGACAGAUAUGGAGAUGAGAUGACGAAUUCGUUCAUCCUGCCAUCGAAGAACCACGCCAAACUUUUGUGGACUCACAUGUUGGAGCACCACACAUUCUUCAUGCUGCAGGCCAGAGAGAAUGUUCAGUCGAGUACCAUGCUGACUGUCACAUCCCUGGCCAACUUCAAGCAACAACAGCAGCAGCAGCAACACAAACAUUCCAGAUCUUUUUCGGCAUCGUCGAAUUCAAGCAGGUUCCUAUCGUUUGGAUCAAAAUUAUUCUCCAAGAAAGACAAAAAAGACUGCCACAACUGCCUCCAGCCUCACCUCAACAGCAGCAUCAGACAGCAGAAGAAAUGUUGCUGCAGCGAUGACAGCUCACUACGCAACUUCUUAAACAGGUCACUGGUGCCUGACCUUGUAAGUGGGUCACGUUUUAAUGAGGUCACCAAAACUAGGGCAGGUCUCAGACAGAGAAGACAGUCUGGGUCCAACAGUUUCCAUGAUCGUGAUAUACCGAUGGCCAGACCAAGUUCAUGUGCCACAAUUGCGCCUAUUGUGAGAGAUCCAGCAGAUUAUGACCAGGUAGCAGCAGCAGAAGUGGUUGGAGACUCACCGAGGAGUUGCAGGUCAUCAUCCAUUCGGUGGGAUGCUCGUGUUCUGCAGCAGAUGAGAGAUGGCAGGAAUAGGAUGGGGAGCGUCAGCAACAGUCACCGGAAUAACCUCAGGGUGGGGCGCGAGGAGUUCCGAAGUGAUAGUGGAAGUGGAAUCGUUCGUCUAAAAUGGCCCAAUUAUUAG